UGCUAGUAUAUAGUAGCUAGAGGCUAGCCGAGGGGGGCUGAGGUUUGCAGAUGGCUAGCUUACAGCUGUCUUCUGCCAGCGAUAUGUCAGCUGAGGUGACAGCACUGAUGGAUUUCCUUAGAAAUGAGACUGCAGCAGUCAAUGACGACGAGAAUGAAAUUCUUCAGACUACAGUACAACUUUGCUCUCUCCUCUCAACCAUUGAUACUUUGAGGGUAAAAGCACAUGAACUGUUGGAGGCAGAAACCAUUUCAGCCAGCAAGCUGCGAUUUAAGCUGAACACCCUGCGGCAAACGUUUGAGGUAGAGUUAGCAGGUAACCAAUCAAUGUGCUACUUAGAG